CCACGUGACACGGCCCCCGCCCCUUGGCCGAGGCCCGGACAGAGCUGCCCCAGAGCGGUGCCUGCAAAUAUUCAUGUUAAUAUUUCCAGCGUGUCACGUGUUUCUUCUUUGGGUUGGUUUUGCCUAUUUUAACGUCCCCUGCCAUUUUUCAGCUGCUACAGAUUUCUCUGCGGCAGUGAGGACCCUGUCUGCAUGACUGAGUGCAGACAUUCAGGCCCUCUGUUUGGCACUGCAGAGGCCAGAGAAACCUUGCCUUGGGAAUACUGUAGUUAGGUAGGUCAUCGUUUCUGACAAGGGAAAGAGUAUAAAAGAAAAACAGUUAUUAAAAAAAUGUGCUGACAGAAAUCUACAAUGAAUACGUUAAUGUACAAUGCCUGUGUGAAUCUAUUAUGUAAAAAUGAAUGCCAAAUGAAUCAUUUAAGAAUCCAUACUAUUCAUAAGCACUGUACAGCUGCAGAAAACAAACCGAGGAUUCCUUUAAUUCUUCACUUUCAGUCCUUAGCUGUUGUACUAAGUGUUGCUGCUCAGCGUUCCAGCCCAGAGGUGGCAGCAUUCCAGUGAUAAGUUCUAAUGAUCAUUAUUAUUUAUUAUUUGUAUUAGGGUAGCACUGAAAGGCUUCAACAGAGAUCAGGGCCCCAUUGUGCUAAGUGUUGUACAGACACAAAGUAAGAAUCAGUCCCUGCCCCAAAAAGUUUAUCAUGCAAAGGCAGCUCUUAUCUAGUGCUUCUUCAGUAGAUCUCAAUGCACUGUGCAAAGGAGGCUGGUAUUGCUAUCCCCAUUUUACAGAUGGGGACCCUGAGGCUCAGAAAGGUGAAGUGAUUUGCCCAAGGCCACCCAGCAACCAGGGGAAGAGCCAUGAACAGACUCCCAGUCUCCUGAGUGAAGAGCCCAUACUCUAACCAUUAGGCCACACUGGUUACCCCAUUACUAUAAGAAAUUCUUACAGACUUAUUUUACAUAUAGGCAACUAAGGUCUAGAGAAAUUAACUGCAAAGUCACACAGUGAGUGUGUAGCAGAACCAGACACUGAACCUAGAUCUGAAUCCCAAGCCAGUGCCUUUCCCACAAGACCAUCCAUGUUCUUUGGGCUACAGGCAGAUUGUAUGUUUCUAGGCUGAACUUGUAAAGUAAUUCAAAAUCCUUUGGCCACUGGAGCUGUAUGCAGAAAACGCAUAUUCGGAUAUUAUGAGACCAUAUCUCCAUCAACAACAAUGCUGACUUCUGCUUAAAAACCAUCAUUCUUGAUGUAUAUGAUGAAUAUACAAUGCACACUUUGCUCUGGUAGUAGGUACCACCUGAACUCUCCUGAUGGGAUUGUAGCCUUUUUUUAUGCACAGUUGCAGGAAAGAUUAUCCCUAAAUAUCCUGCAGAGAGCUGGGCACAAUCAAUUAUCCCUGUCACUGUGAGCUGAGUUCACGUGGCAAUUCCCAGGAUUGGGCCUUCAUUAGAUAUACUCUUUGAUUGACAUAAUAGGUUGGACCCCGCGCCUGCAACUGGAUUGACGGCAUGAGAGCCUAAGGAAUUGUUGCACUUGAGGAGACUCACCAUGGAUAUUGAUGAGCCUUUGCAUGGUCUCAGUGAUCCUGACUCCCAGUCAUGAGCCUUGCACAGUGGACCACAGCUAUCGCUUUUACUAGAUCAAGGGAUAUUUCAUUAAAGCAACAUGUCCUGUAUUAAUUGGCUAAAGCCAAAUUCUGGGUUUCACAGACUCACAGAUUUUUAAGUUUUGUUCUUUGCAGGUAAAAUGCUGAAGGGAAACCUUCUCCUUACGAAAAAUGGUGUAUGGCAGGUCAGCCAUGAGGGCUCCUAGGUCACUCACCCAUCUGGUCUGAUGUGAUGGCAACUUGGAAGGCAAUCUUCAUGGAGAGGCAAGAAACUGAAUACAUGGCCAAGGGUUAAAGAUUGGUCUGGUUGUUGCCAGAUGGCCCCUCCUCUUUGCAUGAAGUGCUGCAGUGCAGUUGUAGAUAUCAGCCGCUAAAAGAUCACCUGUUUAAAUAAAUGGCUGCUGUAAGCAUCCCUUCCGAUAUUGACAUAGAUAGAAGACUGGUUUUUAGCUUCUGAAUAUGACUGAAGGUGGAAGAGCGAAAUGGCAGAUGUAAACUCCAAGAGGGCACCUCAGUUCUUGCAAAAAUGUAUUAAGCCAGAGGACAACGGAGGGGACGCACAGCCCAAAGAGGAGAUAAUAGAAGAGCAGUCUCUCCCUGUUAUCACUCAAUCCUACCCUCAGACAGUGCAAGAGGAAAUAUCGAUGGUGUUCAACACCUACAACAUGGCAGCCAACCUCGGCCCAGCCUCCAGGAGAAAGAGGGAGAAAGGUGCAAAUCACGAUGGCACAAGCACCUCCCUCUAUGUUGACCGCCGCAAGUCCAAGGUGUGGAACUAUUACACCAAGCUGGGAGAUGCCUAUGUCGAGUGCAACGUGUGCAAGAAGCAGCUCUCCUUUCACAACAGCACCACCACCAUGCGGGAGCACCUGGUGAGGAAGCACAGCAUUCGUGACACUUUGCUCUCGCAGCUGAAGGAUGACCAGGCUUCCGAGUCUGACUGCAUGGCUCAGGAGAACAUGAUAAAGAGGUCCCGCCAGAUGACACCGGAAAACUACCUGUACCAUGCCGCGUCCUGCUCGGAACCAAGGACUGAUGUGAUCUUGGAACUGGUGCUUGAGAUGAUAUUUCGUGACCUCCAUCCUCUUUCCGUGGUGAAAGACAAGGGUUUCGGCCUCCUCAUCGGGUAUCUAGAGCCUAAUUUUACCCUCCCAUCUCCUAUUCAGCUCUCCAGCAUGCUGUGGCAUAGAUACAAUGUGGUGAAGCAGCACCUGGAGCGCUAUUUGCAAACAGCCCAGUCCAUAGUCAUCUGCGUGGAGUUCUGGGUGUCCCAGCCCCACCAGACAUACUUGACAAUCACGGCCAACUUCAUUGACGGGGAGUGGCGCCGGGCGAGAUGUAUACUGGAAACCCAGCCAGUGCAUGAGACUAAAGGGGCAGGUGAUUUAGGAGAGAAGCUCUUCAGCAUCCUGACAGAGUUUGGGUUGUCGAACAAGUCCAUUUUCUGUGUGAUGCACGACAGCUUGCAGAACACAGUGAUGAAUUCGCAGCCGCUCAAGAGGGCUUAUGGCUGGACCAGCCUGUGCUGUGCUGCCCACACUCUGCACCUGUGCAUCAAGGCAGGGCUGGAGGUCGAGCAGGUGCAAGAGGCUCUGACUGCUGCCCGGGGCAUCGUGAGCUACUUCCAACAGGAUGCGAAAGCCACCUGCUCGCUGAACAGCAAGCUGGAAGCGAUCAACAAGACCAAGUUGAAGCUGGUGAUGGACGUGGGAUCUCGCUGGAUAACUACCAUUGAGAUGUGCGAGAGCCUCCUGGACCUCAAAUGGGCGAUCAUGUCCCUGCUGGAGGAACAUCCCAAAGGGACGUUGGCUGUGCAGAACUUAGCUGACCACCAGUGGAAGCUCUUGCAGGACCUGGUGCCAGUCAUGAGGACGAUUAAGAUUGCCACAUCAUUCUUGCGUGAGGAGCAGAACAUCUCCAUCUCUUCUCUGAUGCCUUGCAUCCAUGGUAUCGUCACUGCCAUUGGGCAGCAGUUAGAAGAGUCCAGCGAUGUCAUCAAGAUGGUGGUAGGCAAUAUAAGGUCAGAGCUGAUGCAGCGCUGGAGUAUAUCAGAGGAUGAGAAGGUGCUGGAAAGCCCUGCGAUUACUGCCUCGUUUCUAGACCCUCGUUUCAAGGAGAUGAGGUUCCUGAGUCCCAACCUGAGGAGUGAGCUGCAUAAGAGAGUCAAAAAUAUGCUAUCAGAGGUCUUCAACCACCAGUCCCCACCUUCUACCCAGUUCUGGGUGCCGAACUCAGAUUACAAAGCAGAGGUAGGAGAAGCAGGGGUCCAGCUGUCUGCUCAUAAAGACAGAGGCCCAAGUGGCCAGUCCCAGAGCAUGUAUGACAUCCUUCUGGGGAAAGAUCCAACGGAGAGCAUGCCUGAAAUCCAUCAGCAAUUGGAAAACUACAUCGUGGAACCUCUCUGCAAACGCAGCACCAACCCACUGGACUGGUGGAAAACCAAUGAGCACCGCUUCCCCGCUGUGGCGAGAUUAGGCAGGCAGUACCUUGCCAUACCAGCCACCGUUGUGCUGCCAGACCAGGCCUUUGCUGCCAACGAGAGCACCCUGGAGCAUCGGAGAGCAGUCCUCACUCCUGAAAAUCUAGACCAGAUUCUGUUCUUGCACCAAAAUUUUGAUUUUUUAGAAUCAAUGAGAAACAAUAAUGAGAUGCGGGGCAGAAAUCUGCAUGCCCAGUAUUAAAAUGCAGUGAGAGUGGGGCUGAGUACAGAGGUGAUGUGUAACAGUGUUUAAUGCUUCCCUACCUUCUCGGUGGGAUUUUGGAAAGGUGUCUGCCUAACUUCAUUCCCAUUGAAAUUAUCCUUUGAUGUCAAUAGAAGCAGAGUUAAGCCAAUGCUGAGUGUUUUCAAAAUCCUCCCUACGUGUACAACACUGUUUUUGUAACCACUUUGUGAUAGUUUCAUCCAACUCAAAUACAAUAUAAUUCCAGAGCGGAAAGAAAAUGUUAAGUUCUACCAAUUUGGACUUCUUAGCAUCACCUCUGAAUUUGGCCCUAGGGCGUGCUAGUAAAAUCCUAAAGGAUAUACAAAUUCUCAUUGUAGCAAUCUUUUUACAAAACAAAGGUCAAAUAUAUUAAUAUAUGUAAAUGUUAAGACUAUUCACUGCUGCAUGGAUCCUACUACUACAUAGUCAAAAGCUGUGAGUUUUCAUGAAACAGGCCACUGUCCACUAUUUUGAGAUGUUAUUUAAAUUGCACUGAUGUCAAAAGUUUCAGUCCUCAGAGCUAGUCUCCUCUUCACCAACAGGUUGUUCCUGGUAAGAGAGAGAAGCAGAUGGAAGUUGUUCCCUUAGGGCAGCCCUUAGCAAUGGGUCACUAGACUGGAAGACAGAUCCUGUCUGUUGCCAGUUUUCGGAGAGUAUGCAUGGCUUGGUUGAGAGGAGAGAGAGCAGAAAAACCUCCCACAUAAAGGGCCAGAGCCUCAGCUGGUACAAUACAUCAAUGGAGCUUUGCCGAUUUACAUCAGCUGAUGACCUGGCCCAUAAACUUGAUUCUUCACUCACACACCAGUUGUAAAGCCAUGUAUCUAUCUUCAGUGGAGAUACUCCUGACUUACACUGGUCUCAGCAGCUGAAGAAUUGGAUCAUAGUAAUUUUGCAUCAGUUUAUUUAAAGUCAGAUUUAAACUGCUUCAAUCCCCUGCGUGGACACUCUUAAUUUAGUUUAAACUGGUUUAUAUCAAUUUAACUUGGGUUGGUAAAUUUACAGGCACACGCUAAAUCAAUAUGACCAGUUUUAAAUCAGUACAAGGGUACCCACAGGGUUUGCACCUGUUUAACUAAGCCAGUUUUUAACAUUAUUUAGUUAAACCAGUGAAACUUCUGUGUGUAGACAAGGCUUGGGUGAGUGGAGGCACUGUUCGAAGCCUUCCGUUUGCAUGCUCAGAAGACAGCUGGUCAUAUUUUAAGGGUUUCCUUUGCAGUUGUAAGGCUAGAAAGCUUUCUUUCAUUGUAGCAGGAUGGUGGUCAUCCUGCUCCUGCCCUGAAGAGCUUAAAACAGCCCUGGGAGAGGGCCACAGCGGGGGAAAAGUUAGGCUGA